CCGAACGAAUACACCGGCUCGAAACAACCGUCUGCUGAAGUUAAAAUUUAUCCCAUUACGUAAAGUGCGUUCAGUUAUAAAACGUAAUUUUUAAUUGUAGGUCUAUCCUUUUAAAGAAGACGUUGCGUCAUAACAGUAUGUUCACACAUUUAGGACACGACUGGAACAGUUGUGGAAGAGAUUGACGGCCGAUUAUGUGUACUUGCCCACAGACAGCAUUCACCUCUUCAAAAUCAUUAACGUCAAAAUUAUUCAGAACAUGUGUUCACGAUCUAACGAUGCGUGACAACCAAGGUCAUAGUUGACAUGGAUGGAGAGAACAGGAUCAUACUGAACGUCGGUGGUAUCCGUUACGAGACCUAUAAAGCCACAUUGAAGAAAAUACCAGCUACGAGGCUUAGCAGACUCACCGAAGCUUUAGCCAAUUACGAUCCUGUGCUCAACGAGUAUUUUUUUGAUAGGCAUCCAGGCGUGUUCGCCCAAGUACUAAAUUAUUAUAGAACGGGAAAAUUACAUUACCCGACAAACGUUUGUGGACCACUUUUCGAAGACGAGCUGGAGUUUUGGGGACUGGACUCGAAUCAGGUAGAACCCUGUUGCUGGUCUACUUAUAGCAUCCACAGAGACACACAGGCCACCCUCGCCAUUCUUGACAAACUGGAUAUCGACUCCGAAAAACCGAACGAGGAGGAAGUUGCCAGAAUGUUUGGUUACGAGGAAGAAUACUUGGCUGGGACAUUGAACCUUUGGCAGAGGACCAAGCCAAAAUUAUGGGCGCUCUUCAACGAACCGCAUUCGUCGUUAUCGGCCAAGGUGGUCGCUGUAAUAUCGGUGUUUUUUAUAUGUGUGUCCGUACUUUCGUUUGCGCUAAAAACUCACCCUGACUUACGAGUAGCCACACUAAGGAACGUUACCGUGCCCAAGGAUCGGCCGCCAGCCCCAGGCGAAGACCCACCGAUGGAAUGGGUUCUCAGCAAGGACCGGACCGAUCCUCACGAGGCUUUUUUCUACGUGGAACUCGUUUGUAACGUUUGGUUCACAUUUGAAUUGCUAGCUAGAUCCAUCGUAACCCCUAACCUCAUGCACUUCGCCAAGUCUCCGGUAAACAUCAUCGACUUUGUGGCUACGCUCAGCUUCUACACAGACACCAUGCUGCAGAGCACUCUAGCCCACCGUUUCGACAACACCGAGAUUCUAGAGUUUUUUUCGAUCAUUCGCAUCCUGAGGCUAUUCAAGCUAACCAGACACUCACCGGGRCUGAAAAUACUCAUACAUACAUUCAAGGCAUCCGCCAAGGAGCUGACUCUGCUCGUGUUUUUUUUGGUUUUGGGCAUCGUCGUUUUCGCUAGCCUGGUAUACUACGCCGAACGAUUGCAGGCCAAUCCACAGAACGACUUCAAGAGCAUACCGGAAGGAUUGUGGUGGGCAAUCGUUACCAUGACCACGGUCGGAUACGGUGAUAUGGCACCCAAGACGUACAUGGGCAUGUUUGUCGGUGCGCUGUGUGCAUUGGCAGGCGUACUGACCAUCGCGCUGCCGGUUCCUGUAAUUGUGUCAAAUUUCUCUAUGUUUUACUCACACACACAGGCCCGUUCAAAGCUACCAAAAAAAAGGAGAAGAGUUCUYCCUGUGGAGCAGCCUCGACCAAAACGUUGUGACGCAGUCUGUGCGGGUGUCAUGGGUGCUGCUGGGCUAAUAGGAAAUCGUAGAAUGGUCRCCACUCCUACCACAGGUGCUAAAGAUACUUUCGUACCUCCUAAAUUAGGCAACAUUAACGGGAUGAACGUGCUGAGUCUCGCGUUCCAAGCACCACAAAUACCGGGUAUAUCUGCACCGUCUUUUUUGCCGUACAAUUCACCCCCGAGACACUCACAGGGAUCGCAAGACACAUUUCCCAGUGGCGUACUUAACGGCCGUGGUGGAGUUGUGGCCCCAGCACCACUCCAACCCAGGGCAGCAACGAUCGAAUCCGUAUUCCUUCCGUUACAGGUGAGACUCGUUGUUAUAUUGUGGAAAACCAUUGGUUUCAUCCCUCCACCCGUUGCACGAAUGCACAACAGUUUUCAAUCGCUACUAAACAGACCGCUUGACAACACGGAAAAUGAAGAAGUAGAAUUCCACACUGUAGAACCGGAAAUUGAGGAACCCUCUCAUGAGGAAAUUUAUUGGUCAGUGGACAGCCUUAAAAAUAAUAAAGCACCAGGCAAAUAUGGUGUAGUAGCAGAACUGUUAAAUAAAGGAGGAACAGUGUUAAGGAGAAAAMUAACAGAAUUUAUUAGAGAAAUAUGGAGAACAGAAACGAUACCAGAGGAAUGGAACUCUGCUAUUAUUUGUCCUAUAUUUAAAAAAAGUGGUUUGGACACACUUGGAGAGGGUGGUUGGUCAACUAAUAAAAAUGUACUCGUGGAAAAAAUGAACAAAAAAAAGACCCCAAGGAAGACCCCUAGGAAGACCCCUAGGAAGACCAAGGACCCGGUGGAUCGAUGUAGUAUCCAAGAAUUUGAAAGUCAUAGACCAGAAUGUGACAUAUGA